AUGGCUGACAACGAGACUGAUUUCCUUCCGUCAGGAUUUGGCGAUAACGAUGGCUCAGGCCCGAACGUUUCCUCGAUCGAUAGAGUUCCCAACUCUGCAACUGCCGCGAACCAACCUAGUCGAAAGCGAUCCUACGACAUAGCCGCGAGCGCAGCCGUCAACAAUACUGAUGACGGUCAAGACAAUACAGAUGAUGAGGAUGAUAUCGACAUAACCGCAGAGCCCUCAGGAACCCAGGCUCCGAGCGGCCCUGCUGCGUCGCCAGUCACUAUGGAACAUGAAGCUUGCCAAGACCAUUGGACAGCGCAACAAGAGACCGAAAAGCCAAAAACACGAUAUCAUGAAGACGAUGUUUUCGGGAACAUCCUGCCCUGGAACAACCUCAGACAAAUCACUUCGAGGCCGUCCCUUAGCAACAAUGACCUGGGAUCCUUCACUACAGCCGAUAUGGAGAUUGACGAUGUCGAGAUGGAAAAUAAGGCUACGGCAAUACCUGUGGAGGUCGAAAUGCUCCCAGCAGCUGAAAGUGUCGAAGAAGUAUGCCGACCCAAUCCUGCCUCUGUGCAAGCAUCAGGUCAGCAACUCGAAAUGCCGACCCAGCGCAUGACCCCGACCGAAGAUCAUGCGAUAUCACAAACCAAUAUUGCGUACGACGCAUUGCCUUUCUUGAGAGGGGCUGGAAGUCUCCCAACAGAUGCGCAGACAUUACUCUCUUGCAUCCUUGGGGCCACAGAUCAUCUCUUCACUCAACAGAAUGCGGCGACGAACAACAAAAUGAGCGAUAUGGCAAAUUGGCUAUCUACUAUGGGUCAAGGACUUGCACAAUAUAUACAAGGAUUUGCGAAGGAACUUGCACCAGAGCUUGCAGGUUUGAAAGACGAGCUAACGACUUGCGAGGAAGAGCUGAUUGCAAUCAGAGCCGAAGACGAGCGCCAGAGCAACGUGACAUCUGACAUCUCUGAGGCUGUGGAAAACAUCAAAGCCGUUUCAAGCAUGAAGAGCGAUGUCAAUAGAUGUUUGGAGGAUAUCAAAACACUUGCUCAAGCUCAGGCUAAUAUCACGGAAAAGAUUGCAAAACAGAUCAAAUAA